CCCGUCCCUAUACCCCCCCAUAUCUCUCUAUGUUCCCAGCCCUGUUCGCAGCCUGGAUCCGAUGCUGAGCUGCAGCCCCGGGAAGACCCCGAUCAGCCUCCUGCAGGAAUAUGGCACACGAAUAGGGCGCACGCCGGGCUACGACCUGCUCAAGGCCGAGGGUCAGGCGCAUCAACCCAACUUCACCUUCCGCGUCACCGUCGGCGACGUCAGCUGCACCGGGCAGGGACCCAGCAAGAAGGCGGCCAAGCACAAAGCAGCGGAGGUGGCUCUGAAGCUGCUGAAGGGGGGGGACAUGCUGGAACCAGGAGCCCCCGAGGAGCCCAGACUCUGCCCCCCAUCUCCCCCCAUUUCAGAUGCCCUCAGUCUCAGUGGGUUACACCAAUGCCUGGUCGAACUGUCCACCCAACCGGCCACUGUGUGUCACGGAGCCGCCCCGUCCCGCGAUGGAGCCCGUUCCCACGCUGCCCGCAAUGCCCUGCAGUACCUGCGCAUCAUGGCAGGGGGCAAAUGACACCCCCCCAACCCCACCCCAUGGACCCCCGGCACCCGGAGCCCCAUUGGGGACACACAGAGGGACCCAUAAAUGGAUGGAGCCGCACAGUGAUGCGUGGACCCCCCCCAUGGACCCACCGACACUGAUGGACAUUGGGGACCUGGAUGGACCUCAGGGCAGGGGGGGGGUCUGUGUUCUGCCCACCCCCCACCCCCAGGUGGGUCCUUGGACACGGGGCAGCCCCCAGGAAUAAAGUGGGGGGGUUUGUA